AUGUCGACUCCCAAAUUCCGCCUCGCCCUAGAUCCCAACUCACGGGUGCCCCCUCUGCGCAAUCUCUCACACCACGCUCCAUCGACGCUCCCACCUCCCAAGAGCUUACAAUCCGCCACUCCGUCCUCGCACAACACCGCCACCCUCACCUUCAUCGGCACCGCCACGACAAUCCUAGAAUGGAGCGGUCUCCGUGUGCUCACCGAUCCAAACUUCCUUCACGCGGGGGACCACGUGCACUUGGGUCCGGGUGUGACCGCGACGCGAGUGACCGAUCCUGCGGUCCCUCUCGACAAGCUGCCGCCGGUAGACGUGAUCCUCCUCUCGCACUACCACGAAGACCACUUCGACCGCAAGGUUGAGGAGGAGCUGCAUAGGGAUAUACCCAUCGUCACUACGCCGCAUGCCCACGCGCAUCUCGCGCAUAAGCCUGAUGCCGAGAGCUUUACGGCAGUGUAUCCGCUGGAUCCCUUCGAGUGCGGCGUUAUUCCGAUCCUCGGCGGGGCGGGUAGUAAUAAACCGGCUAUCAGGGUCACCGCCAUGCCAGGGAAACAUGUGCCGCCCGGCCCGGCACAUAUCCUCGACAAGGUCAAUGACCUGCUGGGCGCCGUGCCGCCAACGAACGGGUGGAUGCUGGAGCUGGGACACGAGUACGAUGCCGCGUGGAGCUGUGACUAUCGCAUCUAUAUCUCCGGUGAUACGCUGCUGGUCGACGAGCUCAGGGAGAUACCGGAGCGGUAUAAAGACCAGCGUAUCGAUCUGAUGCUCGUGCACUUGGGCGGCACCACAAUCCCCGGCCCCAACCUCCCACUGCUAAUGGUGACCAUGGACGCCGCACAGGGAAUAGAGCUGAUGCGGCUGAUCCACCCUGAGAUCACGAUUCCAAUCCACUACGACGACUACGACGUCUUCCUCUCGCCACUGUCGGACUUUAAGGCCGCCGUCACCGCCGCCGGCCUCGACGAGAAGGUCGUGUACCUGGACCGCGGGGAUGCGUUCGGUUUCGAGGUGAAAGUCGGCGAUGCCUUACCGGGCAAACGUAAGUAA